UUGGGGACGGGCCUGGCAGUUGUGAACUCGAACCUGCCGCUGUCGCCGCGGCGGGGCGGGGAGCGGGCCUCGGAGGCCGGCCUUCGGGCUCCAUGGACGGGCGCUGCGCCUCUGCACAGGCCGCCGGAGAGGUAAGGCUGGCCUCUCUGCAGUCAGAGGUCUGAGCUCUGCCAUGGGGGUAGGGGUGUCUUUAUUGCUGCAGUUUUCUCUGACACCUGGGGGCUACCGGAGUGUGGGCCGAAGCAGGCGCUGCAGCCGCAGAAGUAUCCCCAGGAACAUCCCCAGGAGGAGCUGGAAAAAGCCUCAUUCCCAGCUCUGCAGUCUCAAGGGUAGAGUCUGGGCUCUGCUGUGUUCCCAAACCACUCCACAACCCCAGCGACACAGGCCCCCCCAUCCUGGUGGAAGGAAAGGAGCCUGCAGGGGAAGGAUCCCUUUCUCAUAUCCUGGGGGUCUUCCCUGUGCUCAGUGUAGCAUUGGUAAUGAGUCAUGGCUGUGUGCCCCAGGAGGAGAGAGGCUCUAGGGAAUUUAGGAGGAUUGUGUGUGGAGCUUGUGAGCAGGCACUGAAGGCCCUUGAGGAAUCUAACAACCACCCCAGUCCCCUUUCCAUGUAGGAGGGUCUCCUGCAGGAAUCUGGGCUCCCCCAAGUUGUGGAAGAGCUGAACAUGAGGCAGCUGCUGGCAAGACUGGGGCAGGACCAGGCAGGGGACAGAGAUUACAAUCUCUUCUCUCCUCCCUUCUCUUGCCCCAAUAAUCCACAGCACCCCAAGGGAGGCAGAGCCAGGGAUCAGGCCCUGAGGGCAGCAGGCUGUGGGUGUUCCUUGGAUUCAGGGAGAGUUUUCCUUCCUGCGAUGUCCUAAUCGUGUGUGUGUGGGGGUGGAAGAGGGCAGGCGGGCAGAGUGUGGGCACAGUCUGGACAGGCGAUGGCCUGGCAUUAGACUGUGCUGGGAGUAGCACCCAGGGCUCCCCUGCUGUUCCCUGAGAAAGGCUGUUCUCACUUGUUCUCCAGGCUUUUACAGUGGUGGGAGACUGAGGUUAACGAGGCCGAAAGUGCCUCCCCUGUGGUGUGAUAAGAAUGAAAGGCUACAGAAAUUUCCUUCUGUAAGAUCUUUGCAAACCCAGGUGUUUUAGAGGAAAUAACACUGGCCUGGGAGUUUAGAAGACCUGUCUCCUAGCCUUGGUUCUGCCCUUGGUUUACUGUGUCACCUCAGGCAAGUUCCAUCACCUGUUGAUGCCUCACAAUUGCUUCAUCUGUCAAACAGGGAGCUCAAUGUCUGCUCGUCCAGCCUCACAGAGUUGCUGUGAGGCUCAGAUGUGGCAAUGCGAAAUAGCAGACACAAGGGGAGGGCAACAGGGAAGUGCUUUGAAAAAGCAUAAGGCCCUGCAGGGAGAUGUGACCAUGUUGUCUAGUGAGUCCUGUGGGCAGGAAUGUUUGUGCAUCCAACGCUGGAGUGUUUACCACCUGCCUGACACUGGGGUAGCUGCCGUGACGGAUUCCAGGAAGUGUCAGACAGAGUCCCUCCCUUUUGGAAGUUUCCAGGAUAAUAAAGAUCAGAGGAAGACUCGAUGCUGGAACGCCGCUGCAGAGGCCCCCUGGCCAUGGGCCCAGCCCAGCCCCGACUCCUUUCUGGGCCCUCCCAGGAGUCACCCCAGACCCUGGAGAAGGAGCCCCGUAGGCUGAGGCAACAAGGCACUUCAGUGUCCCAGCCGGGCAGCCAGGCCCCUGGCAGGGCCCAUCGCUGUGCACACUGUCGAAGGCACUUCCCAGGCUGGGUAGCCCUGUGGCUUCAUACCCGCCGGUGCCUGGCCCGGCUGCCCCUGCCCUGCCCUGAGUGUGGCCGUCGCUUCCGCCAUGCCCCCUUCUUAGCGCUGCAUCGCCAGGUCCAUGCUGCUGCCACGCCAGACCUGGGCUUCGCCUGCCACCUCUGUGGGCAGAGCUUCCGAGGCUGGGUGGCCCUCGUUCUGCAUCUGCGGGCCCACUCGGCUGCAAAGAGGCCCAUCGCUUGUCCCAAAUGUGAGAGACGCUUUUGGAGACGCAAGCAGCUUCAGGCUCAUCUGCGGCGGUGCCACCCCCCUGUCCCUGAGGCCCGGCCCUUCAUAUGUGGCAACUGUGGCCGGAGCUUUGCCCAGUGGGACCAGCUAGUUGCUCACAAGCGGGUGCACGUAGCCGAGGCCCUGGAGGAGGCAGCAGCCAAAGCUCUGGGGCCCCGGCCCAGGGGCCGCCCCGCAGUGACCGCUCCCCGGCCCGGCGGAGACGCGGUUGACCGCCCUUUCCAGUGUGCCUGCUGUGGCAAGCGCUUCCGGCACAAGCCCAACUUGAUCGCCCACCGCCGCGUGCACACGGGCGAGCGGCCGCACCAGUGCCCAGAAUGCGGGAAGCGCUUCACCAACAAGCCCUACCUGACCUCGCACCGGCGCAUCCACACCGGCGAGAAGCCCUACCCGUGCACGGAGUGCGGCCGCCGCUUCCGGCACAAACCCAACCUGCUGUCACACAGCAAGAUCCACAAGCGAUCCGAGGGCUCCGCCCAGGCCGCCCCCGGCCCGGGCAGCCCCCAGCUUCCAGCCGGGCCCGCGGCGGAGCCCACUCCAGAGGCCCCAAUGAGACCUGCCCGGGAGCCCGCGCCGGAGGCCCCCCGAGAGCCCCCGCAGGACCAGACCGAAGCCCCGGCGGCCCUCUAUAGCUGCGACGACUGCGGGAGGAGCUUCCGGCUCGAGCGCUUCCUGCGGGCCCACCAGCGGCAGCACACGGGCGAGCGGCCCUUCACGUGCGCCGAGUGCGGGAAGAACUUCGGCAAGAAGACCCACCUGGUGGCGCACUCGCGGGUGCACUCUGGCGAGCGCCCCUUCGCCUGCGAGGAGUGCGGGCGCCGCUUCUCCCAGGGCAGCCACCUGGCGGCACACCGGCGCGACCACGCGCCCGAGCGCCCCUUCGUCUGCCCCGACUGCGGCAAGGCUUUCCGCCACAAGCCCUACCUGGCCGCCCACCGGCGCAUCCACACCGGCGAGAAGCCCUACGUCUGCCCCGACUGCGGCAAAGCCUUCAGCCAGAAGUCUAACCUGGUGUCCCACCGGCGCAUCCACACGGGCGAGCGGCCCUACGCCUGCCCCGACUGCGACCGCAGCUUCAGCCAGAAGUCCAACCUCAUCACCCACCGCAAAAGCCACAUCCGGGACGGCGCUUUCUGCUGUGCCAUCUGUGGCCAGACCUUUGAUGACGAGGAGAGGCUCCUGGCCCACCAGAAGAAGCACGAUGUGUGAGGCGGGCGGGGCUGGGGCCUCGCUGUGGGCUGGGUGGGGAUGCCUGCCUGUUGCUGGGGUAGGGGAGACUGGAAUCCAGAGGGGACAGAAGAGGCCAGAAGUGAGCUGGAUCCUGUGGGCCAGGAAUGUCAACCCCGGGUGGCCAGGGAACCCACUUCAGAGCUCAAGGACGCCCACCUGCAGUUGGUGUUUGCCAGGGUUCCUGACUGUCCCGUGCCCUGGAAAAGUAGCAAUAGCAACUCCAUCUACCCCUUAGAGCCCUCUGGCUAGAGGAGCCACCAGUGGGAGGGAAGGCCCCCAUCCUCUGGUGUUAACGCCUUAAUGUCCCUGUCUUUUACUAUGAGUUACUUCAGAUAAUUUUUGGAAGUAGGUGUGGUACAGUCCUUAGUAAAUAAAUGCCUGGGGAGGAAAAGUGGAACAGCUGGAUACAUCUUGGAGAACCUGCUGGCCUUGUUAGACAGCACUUAGGCCUUUUCCAGCAUCAAGAGAUGAAGCUGAGCUGCUCUUACCUCCUGCCCCCGCCCCUCCUUCCUGCCCCUGCACAGCCACCCAGACAGACCUGGAGACCCAUCUACUGUUGGUGAUGCCGUCCUCUUCCUCCCCAGAGAUCAAACCCCCACGGCAUUUCCUCCUUGGUCUGUCUUGCUUUAUCUACCCCUGCCCCCUGCCAAGUGCUUAGAGCUUCCCCUGGCUGUCAGCAGCUCUGUGUCCAGGCUUUCGUUCGAACACCCCAGCCCUCCUUCACUCCUUCCAAAGCUCAACAUGUUGUGGAAAGGACGGCCCCAUUGGUGACGGAGGGUCAGCUGAAGGGAAGGUGCUGGGUGAGUUUCCUUUCCAACAUUUCUAGCAUAUGGAUGUCCAGCCUCUGCUUGAGCACUUAGGUGACAGGGAGUUCCCCACCUCCUGAGGCCCUGGUCCUAUCGUAGGAUGAUUCUAAUUGUUAGAAAUUCUUCCUUAUAAUAAAUCAAUUCUGCUUUCCUAUAAUUUCUAUCUAUUGGGCCUUGUGCUGUUCUGUGGAACUAAACAGAACAACCAUUUACCCUCCUUUUCAAACUAGAAAAUAAAGAUUUGGUUUUAGAGCUGGU